AUGACGAAAUUGAGUGGCUUUCGGAGAGUUUUUGCUCACGUUGCUCCGAUUUUCUUCGAGCGUGGCAUAGCUAAACCUGAAACCAAGGAGAUAUCAAGCUUGAGUGUGGAGCCAUGUGAAGGUGAAACCCUUGUAGUUACAACUUUCGAGAUUCAAAGAUCAGAGAUACCAGCCUUUAUUGAAAGGGAACAUGAAUUCCGGUUUUUAGCAGUAAUACCGGAAACAUUUAAUGGAUUGUUUUACACGACUCCAGCAGUAUUAUGCGCACGUUAUAGUGAUGAAGAGUAUUUCGAAAACAGAUGCAAUGGAAGCCAAGAGAUCUUCUUUCAGCGUUAUGGACGAUAUGGUAUAAACAAGAUUUGGGUAGACGAUAUCUUACCUUGUCGCGUUUAUCUCAGGCACUGUGUCUUGGCUGCAAAGAACCUUGGUGAUCUGGCCUAUGAUAACUUCCUGGAUCAUACUUUUCUUGGGGACCGUAAAACAACCAUUCGUGAGUACUUGGCUACAGCCGGUUCAGGCGUAAUGGAAGAGGAGCCUACUGAAAUGCUAAAAUACAGAUAUGGUGGUUGA